AUGCAGUCGCUGGAAGAAGAUGCGCGCUCGGACGCUGCUGUCCACGAUGACGGUCUCCAAUGGGAUGCCUGCUUCUCGCACAAGGACUGCGACUCUUGUCUGAACGCCAGUGUGACGUGUCACUUUUGCAAGAAUUGCGAGCGCUCGAAGCCGCAGUACGUUGGCUACGGGCCACCGCCGUCCGUGGUCAUUGCGGUGUUGUGUCUCAUGGUGACGCUGACGUGCUGCUUCUGCGGCAUGUCAGCCAUUUGCUCGGUCUUCUGUCGAGGCGAGAGACCGGCGUCACGACGUGUCAGACUCGCAGAGGCUCUAAAAUCUGACAAGAAGAAGAAGAAGGCAACUCUCAGAGAUGAUGAGGAGCGUGCACAGGCUCAGAGACAACCUUUGCUACUUGGAGAGAUCCGAGAGGGUGAAGUCCGGCUGUUCGAGAACGAGGUGGAUCAAGCGUCGCUUGAACGACUGCAUACCCGCUACGAACACGACGAGCGGCAGUUCAACUGGAAGGCUUUUGCGUCUCGGGUGACGUGGCUGACGGUGGUCAUCUCAACGACAGUCCUAGCUCUCAUGUUCUAUCCUCGUAUGCCGGACUACAACGUGUGCAAUCGCGAGUUUGAGUGGGAAUCCAUUCUACACAGCAUCAUGGGCUUGGAGCCAAAGGUGGAGUACCAGGUGCUCAUCAGUGUGAUCAACGAGAACCGUUUUGGCUUCGUAUUGGAGUCUGGAACUGCUGAUAUCUACCACAACUCGACUCUAGUGGGAAAGUGGGAACUAGACAAGCCAUGGGAGGCCAAGGCGGGUUCGAUCACUGACAAGAUCGCGGCGAUCAACAUUAAACCAGGAUAUGCAGAGGGGAUUGCUCUCUGGAAAGACUUUAGCAGGAACGAACUCAUUUUCCGGAUCAACGCUACAAUCACGGGGUCUAUCACAUGGGGGAGACAUAAGGUUCGUGUCGUUAUCGACUGUUAAGAUGCUGCUACCUGACUGUGCACUUUGUUUUAUUGGUCUAGAUUUAUCGCAUUUCGUCCUCCACUCCGGACGUUGAGUUCCUUGUUGGAGCAGAAUAUGAUCGUGGUCUCUGCAAGUGCACCGAGUACCUGACACCAACUUAAACUGCUCUGCACGUGUCAGAUUUGCACGAAGACCCAGACAUUUAUGAGGCUAUUUCGCAACUACAGAGUGUGCAUAUAACGUGAUAAAAAUCUACUUAACCAUGCAGUUAGAAGCUUCCACUAGGCUGGUAGCUCACCAUGUCGCCUCCACGUGCCGUAAACACUUUCUUCAGCAUCUCGUCAGCACAAGCCAUUCGAGCUCGUUCCGGUGUCACGGGGCUACGCAGCUCAAAGUAUCCGUGGUGACCAGCAUCUGCUCUAGCAGAGUAAAUCGCCUCCUUGACCGCGAAGAAGGCACUGGAGCCCAAGAACAGUGGUGGCUCUCCGACGGCUUUACUCGAGUGGACUGCGAACUUGUUCUUCUGGUUCGACUCGAGCCACACAUUAAAGUCCAGCGGCACGUCGUUAGCACUCGGGAUCUUGUAUGCUCCCGGUCCUCGAGUAAACAGGUUUCCUCGCUUCACCCACGGGUGUCCAUUGUCUCCCCACACCAGCUCUUCCAGUGCGAACAAGCCGAAUCCUUGCAUGAAUGCGCCUUCAAUCUGGCCAAUGUCAAUAGCAGGAUUGAUACUAGCGCCGAGAUCCAUCAAGAUAUCCACGCUCAACAUGUGGAAGUCUCCAGUAAGCACAUCCAGCUCCACAACAGUGCAAGCCACGCCGGUCGUGAAGUAGUUAAACGCUGUACCCACUGCAAUAUUCUCAUCAACAGACUUGGAGAAAUCGUAGCCACAACGUUCGUUCGGAAUG